AUGAGUAAGAGGAAAGCGCCCGCGGAAUCUGCUGGUAAAGAUGUCAAUGGAGACAUCAUGAAUAUGCUCCAGGAGCUUUCCGAAUAUGAGAAGAACGUUAGCAGAAAUAUCCACAAGGCGAAGGCAUACCGGAAAGCGGUUGCGGAAAUCGCAUUAUUGCCGACUCGACUGAAAUCUGGAGACGAGGCGAAAGCCCUUCCGGGAAUCGGCAAGAAGAUCGGAGAGAAAAUCGACGAAUUCCUGUCCACGGGGAAACUGCGGAAGCUUGACGAUAUUAGCAAAGAUGAGACGAAUAUCGCGUUGAAAACCUUGACGCGAGUCAUGGGGAUCGGACCUGCGAAAGCCAAGGAGUUUUUCGAUAAAGGCGUCAGGACGUUGGAUGAUUUGAGAGCUCGUGAAGCCAGUUUGACUCACCAGCAACGCAUUGGUCUCAAGUAUGUGGACGAGUUUGAGGAGCGAGUGCCGAGAACAGAAGUAGCAAAGCUUGAGGAAAGGGUGAAGGAUGCUGCAAAGAGCUUGAGUGAGGAUUUGCACGCUGUUGCGUGUGGAAGCUAUAGACGUGGAGCAGAUUCGAGUGGAGACAUCGACAUUCUCCUCACGAAGACAGGCGUGGACACUGAAUCUCCGAAAGAAGUUCGGGCGGAAAUCCUCAAGAACUUUGUUCACUCCCUGGAAUCAAUCGGUUUCGUGACUGAUUGCAUCACUCUAGGCCCCUCGAAAUUUAUGGGCGUGUGCAAGUUGGACAAGAGCUCUAAACCGCGUCGCAUUGACGUCAGAUUUUUCCCUGACAACGAGUUUCACUGCGCCAAGUUGUACUUCACCGGCAGUGAUAUUUUUAAUUCACGGAUGAGGGCCAGAGCAUUGGAAAUGGGAUAUACUUUGAACGAGUAUUCUUUGCGUCCAUUUGAUCGGAGUGAUGUCGCUGGCUUUGUGCCGCAUUUCCUUAGUGAGAGUCCANUGAGGUAUGUGGACGAGUUUGAGGAGCGAGUGCCGAGAACAGAAGUAGCAAAGCUUGAGGAAAGGGUGAAGGAUGCUGCAAAGAGCUUGAGUGAGGAUUUGCACGCUGUUGCGUGUGGAAGCUAUAGACGUGGAGCAGAAUCGAGUGGAGACAUCGACAUUCUCCUCACGAAGACAGGCGUGGACACUGAAUCUCCGAAAGAAGUUCGGGCGGAAAUCCUCAAGAACUUUGUUCACUCCCUGGAAUCAAUCGGUUUCGUGACUGAUUGCAUCACUCUAGGCCCCUCGAAAUUUAUGGGCGUGUGCAAGUUGGACAAGAGCUCUAAACCGCGUCGCAUUGACGUCAGAUUUUUCCCUGACAACGAGUUUCACUGCGCCAAGUUGUACUUCACCGGCAGUGAUAUUUUUAAUUCACGGAUGAGGGCCAGAGCAUUGGAAAUGGGAUAUACUUUGAACGAGUAUUCUUUGCGUCCAUUUGAUCGGAGUGGUCUUUUGUUCAUGUAUCGAAACGGAGUGAUUUCGUUUACCGGUGUUGGAGCCGUUUCUUCAAAUCCUCCUAGAAGUCCGUCUCCGGAAGUGAUACCCCUUUCCCCGGUCAAAAAACAGACGGAGGUUGUCACCAUUGAAGAUGAGGAAGUCAUUCUGCUGGAGUCGGAAUUGCAUUCCAAUUUUACCAAAGACGAUCCUGGCGACUCUAAAAGCAUCAAUGAAGUCUCCAAGUCGAAGCGGAAAUCGUCGAGUUCCCAGAACAUAUCACCGAAUCCUCGGAAACGUCGCAAACUUGACGAAGCGUCGAAAAUUCCCGAAACUGACGGCGAUAUCGAAGUUGAAGCAAUACUGUUGUUGACUGAGUCCGAUGAAGAUGACGAGGAAGUCGUUGAAAGUGUCGGCGUCGACGUGAGAAUCAACGCUGAUGUUGAUGAUGACGAGUCUGAGGAUGACGAGGUUGAGAUGGAAACGUCUCAGACACGGGAUCACGUGUUGCAACGUCACAAAAGUGUGUUGGAAUUGAAGGAAGAGCUGAGGAAUUGUCUCUGCUUUGGUCCAACUCGUCCCGGAGAUUGGCCAUUGUCGUAUUUGGAUGAUCGACGUGCAAAAAACCCGUUUGCGAGCAAGCAGAGAAGAAGAUCCUUCGUGCCCUGCGACAAUUGCGGCAGUCGGGAUCAUAAUUACGGCGAAUGUCCUAAGCCUCCGAAACGCACUAGUUGUUAUUUCUGUGAUGAGACUGAUCAUCAAUAUGAACAGCUCAAGCGAUGCAAUAAUUUCAGGUGCUUUAAGUGUGGUCGAAGGCACCCUGGGAAAGAUUGUCUUGCAGUUUCCACUGCUUGUGGCAUUUGUGGGCUUCGAUCUCAUCUGGCCUCGAUGUGUUCGGAUCUUUGGCGACGCUUCCAUAAUACCGAAACUGAAGAAACGCCUGUGGAGCCGUCAGUCAAAACCGAUCACCACCUCUGGAACGUUCGGUCGUAUUCGAAACCAGGAAAGGUCGUGAACACGGAUUCGUCUGAUGCCGGAGAGCCGAGUACGUCUCGGGCGAGUAUUCCCGAGUUAGCCUGUGGGCACUUCGCGGCCUUCCUGCGGCAAAACGGCUGCGGCCAAACCGUUCCUCUCUCUUCGUUGAAGCAGAGGGCCCCAGUUGUUGUAAUAGCACCGUUAUUAUCGCCUCGUACCUCACUGAAAGGGAGAGACAGCAGGGAAGAAAUUCUCCCGUAUCCCGAAACGGGUUACGAAUAUCGUGAGACACCCGUGAAGCGCCGGAAGGACGCCGUUUUGCCGACGCCGGUUUGGCAAGGAGAGAGAAGCAACUUCGUCUCCCGGGGUCAACAACAUUAUCGUGGCAAUAAUAGCGGAGCAUGGAGUGACUUUAGCAGAGACAGGGUGGAAGAAUUUCUUCCGCAUUCCGAAACGGGUUACGAAUAUCGGAAUUACAGUGACGCUCCGAGAUUCGAUGGACCAGCUCAAGCCAAUUUCCGAGGCCGGGAAUAUGCUCAAGUGGACGUGAGAGGCGGUCAUCACCGCCAAGGCUCCUGGGACUCCACUGUCAAUAACUAUUACGGAUUUCAGAAUACCAACGGAUACGGAAAUCGUGGAGGAUACGGAUCCAACCCUCAGUUUCCUUCAGCUUUUUGAUCGCAAAUGAUGACGGUUUUCACUUUG